AUGUUCGCAUUGACACGCUUUGCUCGCAGAUCGUACGCGACGGGGACUGCCGCUCGGCUGCCAAUCGCCGACUGCUACGCUGCGCUCGAGCUGACCCCGCCACGCCGCGGCACCCCGCACAUUGCACCAGCCGCAUUGCGCGAUCGCUACAUUGAGGCCGUGAAAACACAUCACCCAGACAAGUCGGACAGCCCCGAUGCAGCCACCAAGUUCAAUCGCAUUCAACUUGCAUACGAGACCCUUCGCGAAGAACUUGACAAACAAGCCGUCGAGACGAAAGAGGAGCCAUUACCGUCAGCAGAAGAGCUGUACAAGCAAGUGUUUGAUAUUCGGCAUGCUGCACCACAGCAUAGACGAGCGUGACGCCCCUGGAGAGACAAUAGCGGCACGACAACGAAACUCGCAAGCAAUCCGACUCCGCCAGGCCGUCGACAAUGUGCACCAACAUCGCGUGGACGCGGCGCUUCGCGAUGCCGCCGAAGCCCACUCGAAUCCUGACGAGACGAAGGUCUCGACGCGUAUGGCCAUGGCCUACGCCGACUCGGUAGAUUUACUGAAAAAGCAAACACAGAGCAUCGACAAGAUGGUGGAUGACAUGAUCAAGAACGCCAUGGCGCGUGGUGAAUUUGAUAAUCUCAAGGGCGUGGGCAAGCCAUUGAAGAUGGAGGAGCACCAAUUUCUAGACACAACGACCACCAAGCUCAACCAGGUCUUGAUCAACUCGGGCGUCUUGCCAGAGUGGAUUAACGCCGAUAAGGAGCUGCGGGAGAUUCUGCCUCGGCUUCGGCAGCGCACGUUGGACGUAUGGCGGUCGGCAUUGCAAUCGUUGGGGACUGAGGACCCGCGAAAACAGGACGAGUCAGAGGCUGAGCACUGCACACGUAUUGCCGGCACGUUGGCCAAGCUUGAACAAGCACUGGUUGACGAAGGAAUUGAUGGCAUUCUGGCUCUUCUACCACUCCGCCAACGACAGGACUUGCUAUCGCAUCGCGAAGAGCUCCUACGAGAUGUUGCCGUGGCGAACAAGAAGAUUGCCUCCUUUAAUCUGAUCGCGCCACUGCUCACCCAGCAAAAGCUGCUCUUUGACGAGGCGCGUGCUCUUCGCCAGCAUUUAGCUCAAUGUCGCUCUAGCCUUCGCCGAGAGUAG